AUUUUGUAUAAUUCAGGCCCGGCUAGCAUGGCCGCUAAACCCAGCCAGAAAUCCCAGGGUUGGUGUAUAUUCUCCAUUGCGAAUUACCUCUCUAAUUCCCCCUUCUGAACGAGCUAUCCACAACGCAUUUGUGGACUCUACUCUACGCCUCUACCCUCACCGCAAAACCACCUGGAACCACACUAACCCCAAUGUCAAUCCCAGCAGCCAGCCCGGAGCUCGAGCAAUCCGUCCGCCAACUCUCCCUCCGCGACAAUGCCCCAAUCAAAGACAUCCCCCGCCCAACAGUGAAGACACCCACCACCAAAAAGAAGGCCCCCGUCGUCGCAGACUCCUGGGAAGACGAAGCAGACUCCGACCCCUCCCUAUCCGAGGUUGAGCAAAGCCGGUCGUCGUCCGCAGCUGCACCCGAUCUCUCAACACUCUCGCCCUCCGUCAGUGCUAGCGCAGAGGGGCCGCUCGAUCCUCCCCCGACGCCCAUCUCACCGCAGACGUCCCAGCCCUGGGUGUCGGGCGCGCCCUUGCCGGGGCGUAGCUUGAGCUCGUCCCCGCCCACAGGGUCAGGAUCUAGAUCGCCAGCGAGAAGGCCGGAGAAGCAGACUGCUGUUGCGGGAAGGCUGAUUGCGGGCGCGUUGGGGAUCCGGGCUCCAAAGAGGACGGAGGAGCAGCGCGCGUAUGAUCGGGCGAUAAAGGAGCAGGAGAUUCGCCGGCGGAAUCGGGAAAGGGAGGAAGAGGCGAAGAGGAAAGAGGAGGAGGAGAGGGCGAAGGCUGCUGUUUGGGAUGCAUGAUUAUAUUGGGCUUUAUAUGUUUGGAUGCAGUGUCUUAUGUCUCGGGGUUCUUGUACAGAUUUUGUGUCGAUGGCGGGUUUCUGAGUGCUUUUGGUCUUCAUCGCUUACGAUGUUCCGGCGAGAGCCUGCAACUUUAUAUACUCUAAUACCGUCUUGGUUCGCAACUUCAAAUGCCAAUGCCA